UUAUAAAAAUGGAUAAUACUGCGCCGACUCCAGCCGAUUUCUUUUCGAUUCUAAGCAAAGCAAAUGAAUUUGAGAAACAUACCAAGAAGCCAGAGGCAGUGGAUGAUAUGCGAAAUUUAAAUUUUCAACUCUACGCAGGAUCGUGGGCCAUCGGCGACGAACGAAUAUCAGCACACAUUUUGAGCGAAGGCUUGCAACGGUACCAGAAUGCUAUGAUCGAUCCGGAAGGAGUGAAUAACUACUGCGAGGAUGUUAUAGAACUACUCAAUACGCAACCUCCCGAUACGGCCGAUGACGACUAUGAACUAACUGAAAGUACCCUGGGCGAUCCAUUGAGCUACCUUAGUAAAGACGAUGGUAGCUGCAGAGGACAAUUUGAAAACUGUUCCGCAGAUGAGAUUUCCAUUGAAACAUUAUCAAGUAUAUUUCCCAAGAAGAGCACGCUGCAGACAAGCAAAAAGACCAUCGACGCUGUACCUAGUGUUGAAUCGCAGAAGCAACCGCGAAUGGCGGACACAUCCACCGGUAAUGGAAACAAUUAUUCGGCGAUACAAGAAAUUUCCCGACGGGUAUUUCCCAGUACCAGUUCUGCGUUCAUUCCCAAGGCACCGGUUUCAAAACCGACACCUAAACCUCCAUCGAACACAUACAGCAGCAACGUUCCCUGUGAGCAGGACACUUCGGCCACUUCUUCCUAUCAGAGCAGUUUUCGCACGGCAAAAGACGAACUACAGAUACAAAACCUGAAGAAAUACGGUUCCACCAAUCCACCCGGUAAAGCUCCACUGUUUGCCUACGGCCGCAAAUCACUCGGAGGACGGCGUACACUGGGCAGCAAGUUUGUUUGUCCAGUGCGUCCCGACAAUGAUGAACAUCAAGGUGGCUCAAGCGGUGCGAAUCCAUCGCUCUAUCGCGCGCAAAAUAAUGGCCAGGGUAGCAGCAACGAGGACAGCCAAGAGGAAGAGAUUGACGAACGAUUGAAAAACAUCGAUCCGAAAAUGGUCGAACUAAUUCGUAGCGAAAUUAUGGAUCGAUUCCAACCCUUAUCGUGGGACGACAUAGCCGGAUUGGACUACGCAAAAACAAUCAUCAAAGAGGCCGUUGUGUGGCCGAUUCUACGUCCCGAUAUAUUCACCGGGCUACGGAAACCUCCACGCGGAAUACUUCUGUUCGGUCCACCCGGCACCGGUAAAACAUUGAUCGGCAAGUGCAUUGCAUCGCAAUCGAAGUCUACUUUCUUCAGCAUAAGCGCCUCUUCGCUCACAUCCAAGUGGAUCGGUGAUGGGGAGAAAAUGGUGCGCGCUUUAUUUGCCGUGGCCGCCGUUCAUCAACCGGCCGUCGUAUUUAUCGAUGAAAUAGAUUCCCUGCUCUGUCAGCGAUCGGAUACGGAGCAUGAAAGUUCACGGCGCUUGAAGACAGAGUUUUUGGUGCAACUGGAUGGUGCCGCAACGGCCGAAGAUGAACGUAUUCUCAUCGUCGGAGCUACGAAUAGGCCCCAAGAGCUAGACGAAGCUGCGCGGCGACGUUUAGUCAAGCGACUCUACAUUCCACUGCCAGAUUGUGUGGCACGCAUUCAAAUACUGGUUCGCCUACUUGAGCAGGAGCGGAAUAGUAUGACGAAAGAGGAAAUUACAAAAAUCGGAAGUCUUACCGAAGGAUUUUCUGGGGCCGAUAUGAAAGUCCUCUGCCAUGAGGCGUCCAUGGGGCCGAUUCGAUCGAUACCGUUCGAUCAGCUGGGAGAUAUCGCAAAGGACCAGGUACGGCCAAUUUGUUACGAUGAUUUUAGGCUCGCCCUGACGAAGGUUAAAGCAAGUGUAUCUCCCGCGGAUUUGCAUCAAUAUGUCGUGUGGGAUCAAACAUACGGUGCUGGGGCAACAUAGGGGUUUCCAUUGAGGAAGGCUAUCACGGUACAAACUAUUUUACAAUAAACUGUUUUGCUUAAAUAAUUGCGGAAGUUUCUUGUUGCAAUACAACCUUAAACAAUUCAA